AUGGCCAUUGAAGAUCUAUCAAAGAAUGCUGCACGGGAGGAGAUGAGAGAGCCGCUGGUGAGGGCAGUGAAAGCGGCUGAUGGAGAUGGAUCAGGUCAUGGAAGCGCCAAAGGCGAUCAAUGGAUGGUUUACCUCAGCACAUUUGUUGCAGUCUGCGGCUCUUAUGAAUUUGGUUGCGGCGUUGGUUACUCGUCGCCCACUCAGUCUGGCAUCAUGAAAGAUCUUGGUUUGUCAUUAGCAGAGUAUUCAAUGUUUGGCUCCAUUUUGACAUUCGGUGCAAUGAUAGGUGCUAUCACAAUCGGGCCGAUCACUGAUUUUCUUGGUCGAAAAGGGGCCUUGAGAAUGUCCUGUGUUUUCUGUGUUGCAGGCUGGCUUGCUAUUUACUUCUCCAAGGGGGCUGUGUCUCUGGACAUCGGAAGAGUGGCAACUGGGUACGGAAGUGGAGCAUUUUCGUACAUUGUACCUGUUUUCGUAGCUGAGAUUGCGCCCAAAAAUCUUCGAGGAAGAUUAACUGCUGUAAAUCAGUUAAUGAUUGUUUCUGGAGUGUCCGUUUCCUUCAUUAUCGGGGUAGUAGUGCAUUGGCGGGCUUUAGCACUAAUCGGAAUUGUUCCCUGUGCUGUGAUCAUUUUCGGUCUCUUUUUCAUUCCCGAGUCUCCAAGAUGGUUGGCAAAGACAGGACGCCGGAAAGAGUUUGAAUUAGCGCUGCAGAAACUUCGCGGCAAAGACGCUGACAUAUCUGAUGAAGCAGCAGAAAUCCAGGAGUAUAUCGCAACUCUUGAUCGGCUCCCUCAAUCCAAUUUGCUCGAUUUGUUUCAAAGGAGAUACUUGCGCUCGGUCAUUAUUGCAGUCGGGUUGAUGGUCUGUCAACAAUUGGGGGGAAUCAACGGGGUCUGUUUCUAUGUCAGUGAUAUAUUUGAGCAAGCAGGAUUUUCUCCAGACAUCGGAACUAUAACCUAUGCCAUUCUUCAGGUUGUAGUAACUGGCCUUGGUGCAGCCGUGAUGGAUAAAGCGGGAAGAAAACCUCUAAUUUUGGCUUCUGCAUCCGGGUUGAUACUUGGCUGUGUCCUCGUUGCCAUUUCAUUCUUUCUGAAGGUUCAUGAACUGGCACGCGAUGCAGCUCCCAUAUUUGCUGUAGCAGGCAUAUUGAUCUUUAUAGGAUCUUUUUCGAUAGGGAUGGGAGCAGUUCCGUGGGUUAUAAUGUCGGAGAUAUUCCCUAUAAACAUUAAAGGACAGGCCGGAAGCUUAACAACGUUAGUGAACUGGGUUGGUGCAUGGCUGUGUUCCUACACUUUCAACUUUCUUAUGAGUUGGAACUCAUAUGGUACCUUCAUUCUGUAUGCAGUGGUCAAUGUUCUCGCUGUGUUGUUCGUGAUUGCUGUUGUACCUGAAACAAAGGGAAAAACCCUGGAACAAAUCCAAGGAGAAAUUAACAAUUAAAAGGAACCAAAGAAAUGAAAGGCA